AUGGACGGCAGCAACAAUCGCCUUCACCUCAACUUUGGCAACAACGACCGCCUGCCCCUGAACGACCGAGCCUACCCGACCACUCCCUCGACCUUUCCCCAGCCCGUCUUCCCUCCAAACGCCGCGGCCCAGCAGCAGCAACAGCAGCAGCAACAUCACCCCCAGCAGCAGCAGCAGCCGCCACCCCAGCAGCAGCCGCCCCCGGGCCCUUUGCCGUCCCAGCACCAGGCCUACGCCGCCGGCUACGCCCCGCCAGGCUACUUUGCCCCGGGCCCCGCCGCCUACUCUGCCCAGUAUCCCGCCGCUCCCCAGGCCGUUAGCAACGACUACGCCCACGCCCAAAACGGCGUCUAUCAGGCUCGAUCCAACACGCCCGGCACCAAUGACCCCAACGUCGGCCUUGCCCAUCAAUUCUCCCAUCAGAACCUCGGCGGCGGCGCUACUCGAAGUGCCGGCUAUGGUGCCCGGGGCCCUUCUCCCGGCCAGCGCCCCAGGACCGCCGGUGCUCCCGGCCAGCCCCCGGCCCCCUAUGGCUACAUGAACGCACCCCCGAUGCCCUCCCAGAGCUCCUCGGCUGCUACCCACGACUUUCAGCAGGCCCCCGAGAGGAACCCCGAUCGAUAUGGACCAAACUCCCACAGCAACCAGAAGAAGUGCUCCCAGCUGGCCACCGACUUUUUCAAGGACAGCGUCAAGCGUGCUCGCGAGCGGAACCAAAGACAAAGCGAGCUGGAGCAGAAGCUUCAAGAUCCGGGUCAGAGUGCGGCCCGGAGGGAGCAGCUAUGGUCCACGGCUGGCCGCAAAGAGGGCCAGUAUCUGCGCUUCCUUCGGACAAAGGACAAGCCCGAAAACUACAACACCGUCAAGAUCAUCGGAAAGGGCGCCUUCGGAGAGGUCAAGCUGGUGCAGAAAAAGGGAGACGGCAAGGUCUACGCCAUGAAGUCGCUCAUCAAGACGGAAAUGUUCAAAAAGGACCAGCUCGCCCAUGUCCGCUCUGAGCGCGACAUCCUAGCCGAGUCGGACAGCCCUUGGGUUGUCAAGCUCUACACCACCUUCCAAGACACCUACUUCCUAUAUAUGCUCAUGGAGUUCUUGCCCGGAGGAGAUCUCAUGACCAUGCUCAUCAAGUACGAAAUCUUCUCCGAGGACAUUACGCGAUUCUACAUUGCCGAAAUCGUCUUGGCCAUCGAAGCGGUCCACAAGCUGGGCUUUAUUCACCGUGACAUCAAACCCGACAACAUCCUGCUUGAUCGCGGGGGACACGUCAAGCUGACGGAUUUUGGCCUCUCCACCGGCUUCCACCGGCUGCACGACAAUAACUACUACCAGCAGCUGCUCCAGGGGCGUUCAAACCGCCCCCGCGACCGCAACUCGGUUGCCAUUGACCAGAUCAACCUGACCGUCAGCAACCGGUCGCAAAUCAACGAUUGGCGACGGUCACGACGACUGAUGGCGUACUCGACGGUCGGCACGCCCGACUACAUCGCCCCCGAGAUCUUUACGGGCCACGGCUACUCGUUUGACUGCGACUGGUGGUCACUGGGCACCAUCAUGUUUGAGUGCCUCGUCGGCUGGCCGCCGUUUUGCGCCGAGGACAGCCAUGACACCUACCGCAAAAUCGUCAACUGGAGACAGACGCUGUACUUUCCCGACGACAUUACCCUGGGGGCCGAGGCAGAGAAUCUGAUUCGAAGCAUGGUCUGUAACACAGAGAACCGCCUGGGACGCGGUGGAGCGCACGAGAUCAAGAGCCACGCCUUCUUCCGCGGCGUCGAGUUUGACAGCCUGCGUCGCAUCCGCGCGCCCUUUGAGCCCCGGCUCACCUCCAACAUUGACACAACGUACUUCCCCACGGACGAAAUCGACCAGACGGACAACGCCACGGUCCUCAAGGCCCAGGCUCUGCAGCAAAACCGUGGCCAGGUGGAAGAGUCGCCCGAGAUGAGCCUGCCUUUUAUCGGCUACACCUUCAAGCGAUUCGAUAACAACUUUCGGUAA